GAGGGAGGCCGGGCCCAGGACGCAAGGUGGCGACAAGUCGCGGUUGGCCCCAGGGCUGGACUCCCAGCGACUCUGCAGCGUGCGCGCUCUGAGUUACAUCAGUGAGCCAGCUGAAGACAGACAGACGUCCAGGAAAGAGACCCAGCCUGUUCUCUUAAGUGAACCCUGCUACUUUCCUCCCGGGAUAUCUAUUUGCUGGGGGCUGUGGGGUCACCUUCUCCUCCUCUCUCCCGCCACCCCAAGUCGUCCGUGUGGCGUGUUAUGCAGUGGGGGAGCGCCCCGGCCUGGACCUCAAGCCGCCCACCUUCUAGUCCCGCCUCCCUCCCUAGAGCUGUGGCCUCAGGUCUCUCCCUGGUGCCACGGCCGCCGAGUGCGCCUCAAAUCUGAAGAAAAUCUACACAGUGCCAACAGUGCAGAUAUUCUGGAGUGUGUACAAUAACAUACCCCCUGUGACCAGCCUGCCUUUGAGAUGUAGUUACCACUUAAUGAGAGGAGAGAGGCGACCGCUUUGGGAAGAGGACAGUAAUGCCAAGGGCGGCGUCUGGAAGAUGAAAGUCCCCAAGGACAGCACGUCCACGGUUUGGAAAGAGCUCCUGUUGGCCACCAUCGGGGAACAGUUCACCGGCUGUGCAGCGGCAGAUGACGAAGUCAUAGGAGUAAGUGUCAGCGUGCGGGACCGGGAAGAUGUCGUCCAGGUCUGGAAUGUAGACGCCUCCCUGGUGGGUGAAGCCACCGUCCUCGAGAAGAUCCAUGAGCUCCUGCCCCACAUCUCCUUUAAGGCCGUAUUUUAUAAACCCCAUGAAGAGCAUCAUGCUUUUGAAGGUGGACGUGGAAAACACUAAUUGCACUCUAAAGAAUUCUUUGUCCUUUGCUGAGUGGUUUUGGAAACGGUCUUAUCAGGAGGGAGAGUGAAGAGAAGACCCUCUGAAGCCCGAUGCUGGUCAAUUUAGAGUGGGUUUAGGACUCACAGUGGCAACAGCGGCAGGUGGG